AUGGAAAUCGGGGUGACAACUCCGGUGGUGAUUGAGUGUGGUCUCACUACCGUGAAGUUGGCCCAAUGCAUAAUGGAAAUCGGGGUGACAACUCCGGUGGUGAUUGAGUGUGGUCUCACCACGGUGAAGUUGGCCCAAUGCAUAAUGGAAAUCGGAGUGACAACUCCGAUGGUGAUUGAGUAUGGUCUCACUACCGUGAAGUGGUGGAGGAGCACUGGCCUUGGCGAAAAGUUGAGCUUUGCUAGGGAUAGGCUGAUGGAGACUUUCUUAUGGACAGUGGGAGUUGUAUUUCAAACUCGGUUUGGAUAUUGCAGGAAAAUGUUAACAAAGGUCGGGACACUACUAACAACAAUAGAUGAUGUUUAUGAUGUAUAUGGCACUUUGGAUGAACUCGAGCUCUUCACCGAUGCUGUUGAGAGAUGGGAUACCAAUGCAAUGGAUCAGCUCCCAGAUUAUAUGAAGAUAUGUUUCUUUGCUCUCCACAAUUCAAUUAAUGAAAUGGCAUUUGACACCCUUAAGGAACAAGGAUUCCACAGCAUUCGGUACCUUAGAAAAAUGUGGGCAGAUUUAUGUAAAUCUUAUUUGUUGGAGGCAACGUGGUACCACAUCAGAUAUACACCAAGCUUUCAAGAAUACAUUCAAAAUGCAUGGAUUUCAAUAUCAGGACCAGUUUUAUUAGGGCAUGCUUAUUUUUUUGUCACAAAUCCUGUAACAAAGGAAGCUUUGGAUUGCUUGGAAGAGUACCCCAACAUAAUUCGUUGGUCAUCAAUGAUUUUACGACUCGCAGAUGAUCUUGGAACAUCUAAGGAUGAGUUAGAUAGAGGUGAUGUUCCAAAAUCAAUCCAGUGUUACAUGAAUGAAACUGGUGCAACUGAAGAAGACGCCCGUGAGUACAUAAGGUCUUUAAUUAGCACCAUGUGGAAGAAGAUGAAUGAAGAAGUUGGAUCUGCGAGUUCUCCCUUCUCUCGAACAUUUAUUGAGAUCGCAAUGAACCUUGGGAGGAUUGCUCAAUGCAUGUACCAGUACGGGGAUGGAUAUGGUGUUGUAGACCGUGAAACUAAGAAGCACAUAUUAUCAUUAUUCAUUCAUCCUAUUCCUCUACAUAUAGGGAUCGACAUGAAAGACGUACUAGAGACUCAACCUUAGCGAAAGUCUAGCAUUUAGAGUUAUCUUAUUUCUCUAUUGUUUACCACUUUAUCUUUCAUUGGAGUUAGAAGCCUUAAG